GGGCGCGCUUCCCGGCGCCCGGGGCGCGGCCGCCGGACUCCCGGCUGCGAACGGCGGCUGCGGGGCCGGCGAGGGAGCGCACCCGGCGGCGGCCGACAGGCGAGCAAGGAGUUAACGGGGCCGGAGGCCGGCGCCUGUCAGACGCGAGCAUGUGCAGUCUGCCCGCAUCCGUACGAUGGGGACACAUGGAAGCCACCUGCCCACUGGCCGAGGAUCGGCUAAGCCCUGGGACUGGUGCUUGCCCACGCUGCUGAGGAUGGCACCGUCGCCCAGCCAGGCACCAGGACAAAGGUGAACCCAGGACACGCCUGGACAGCAAUCCUGAUGUCUGUGCUGAGCUGCGCACUGAAGGGUGUGAUAACCCUGGGCUCUCCCAUCCCACCACCAUCCCUGUAAACAACACGUGUCAUCUAGAGAAUGCCUGUUUGGGAGAGGCCUGUGCCAUCCAUGGCUGCAGAAGAGAAGACCGGAAACAUUUGCUGCCCUCAAGGAGUACACAGCCUCCUUGGACCAAAAGGGCUUGUGCCUAAAAUACUGGCUCCCGUGGGCGCCAUGGCUUCGGUGGAGCCGCUGACGGCGCUGUCCCGCUGGUACCUGUACGCCAUCCACGGCUACUUCUGCGAGGUGAUGUUCACGGCGGCCUGGGAGUUCGUGGUGAACUUUAACUGGAAGUUCCCGGGCGUCACGAGCGUGUGGGCGCUCUUCAUCUACGGCACCUCCAUCCUGAUCGUGGAGCGCAUGUACCUGCGCCUGCGGGCGCGCUGCCCGCUGCUGCUGCGCUGCCUCAUCUACACGCUCUGGACCUACGCCUGGGAGUUCACCACCGGCCUCAUCCUGCGCCAGUUCAACGCCUGCCCCUGGGACUACUCGCAGUUCGACUUCGACUUCAUGGGCCUCAUCACCCUGGAGUACGCCGUGCCCUGGUUCUGCGGGGCCCUCAUCAUGGAGCAGUUCAUCAUCCGCAACACGCUCCGCCUGCGCUUCGACAAGGACGCCGAGCCCGGGGAGCCGGGGGAGCCCGCAGCCCCCCUGGCCCUGGCCAACGGCCACGUCAAAACCGACUGAGUGGGGGGCCCGCGGGGGAGGGGCCGGGGUCGCUCACGGACCCUGUGGAGAGAAGUGCGGAGCUGGUGGAGUUGCCCCCUCUGUACACAGCACAAACCCUGCCUCACCCUGGUCUCAGCCCUGCGGGGUGCACCCAGCCCCAUCCCUCCACUGUGGGCUGGUGUUGGGGGCCGGCUGUCAAGGCAGCAGAGGGACUUGGGGGUUGGUCUGUGGAUCGCACCCCAGCUCAGAGGCUGUGGGCAGGAGGCCUGAGGCUUCCCAGGGACUAGACUACAUAGGUGACUUUGGAAGCAGCAGGCCCUGCCCUGCCCUGGCUAAGGGACUCUGAGAAACGGGCAAAAGGCGAGGGGCAGGGCUGAGGAGGCGUAGGGCUGCUGCCUCGGCCACCUGGUUCCUUCUCACCCGGUUUAGUUGGGCUUUGGCUGGUUCCGUUAGGCAAUAUUCAGGUGCUUGCUUGCAACCAAUACCUCCCCGGGGGCCUGCUGAGUGGCAGCCUAGGGAGAGACUGGGUGGCCGGACGCUGCUUUGGAGCCGUGCUAGGCUGCAGGGCUGGGAGGCCUCCCCUUGGCUCCUCUCCCUCCCCCCAGGGCCCCACGCUGCUCUCUCGGCCUCCUGGGGGCCCCCUGGUGCUGGAUUCCCACCAACCUUAGGCUUUUGGAGGUUUUAGUCCCUGUGCUUUUGGUGGCGUUUCUGUAUCUCUCCCCCCCCCCCCCCUUUCUCGCUUAUUUUUUAAGGCCUUUUCCACUAUCAGCCCUUUAUCCAUGUCAGUUACCCACCAAGCCCCAACUCCCACUCCCCGGCCAACACAGCAGCUGCCAGAGAUAGAACCUGAGACACCCCACCCGCCCUCUGCAGCCGUCCCUCCACUGUUACCCAACCCGGUGGGCGGUGGCAGUGCCCUGGUGCUCUUCUCCAUCCAUGCCCCCUCCCCGCAGUGGCCCAGCGAACCGUGAAUGGCACCCACAACACCGCCAGGCCAAGAUGGGCCCCGCAGAUCCUCAGUGGGGACCCAGAGACAAAUCAGUGUAUGUGUGUGGGGGUGCUGUGGGGAGGCCGGUAAAGUCACGCCUGAUGGUUUAUUUUCGGGGCAGUCCAGCAUCCUAGGGGAUCCAGCGUUGCAGACCAUGGAGAAUGAGUGAGGGAGACUGUCCUUAGUGGGAAGGGAUCAGUUCUGGAUCUGCCAUAGCCCCAGCCCUGCAGCAAAACCUCCUCAGGGCCACCCCUCCUCACCCUCCCCUGCAAGACUGACACUUGGAGCUUGCUCCUCAGAACAGUAUUAACCCUGCCACGCUCACAGGCGCUGUCAUCUUGGGUGCCCAUGGCAGGUCCAUUGUUGGCAGUGGACGGGUGAAAACCUCCCUCCAGCCCACUUCCGGCUCCUCCCCCACUUGCCAAGGGGAGGGUCCAUCAGAACACAGCCUUUCCCGUGGUACGUGGUCUCUACUUGACCACACGAGAACUCUUAGGUAGAAAUUAGCCCUUCCCUUUUUGUAGAACAUUAAAAACUGAUCAUGCCACCUGCGGAGAGCAUCUCCUCUUCCUUGCUGUGUUGCUGACGGUGCGGGCAGCACCGGGCCAGGGCCGGCGGGCAGGCGGGUGUGGGCAGGAGUGGUGUCCCGGAUUGGGGGAGGGGCGGGGAGACUCUGGGAGGGUCGCUCUCUGCAGUGGACCUUGUCCGGGACGGGACGAAGGGCCUUUUCCAGUCUCUGUGUCCUGGGCAGGCUUGUUCUAUCCAGGCAUGAGCUGCAUUCUGCAGGGGCCUGGCUUUGGUUUACCUGUGGCCCCAAUUCUAGGGCUUUGGGGCUCCCAGGGGCUUCUGGCUGCCAUGGGGGUAGAUGGUGCUCCAUGUACAGCUGUGGGGAUUCCAGAGGAAGAAGAUUGGCUGGCUUCCCUGUUCCCUCUAGGGAAUGGCUUCCUUGGUCCUCUCCUCCGGCUCCAUGCUCAGUCUCUUGGACCCCCACACCCUUGCAGGCUCCAGUUGGGCCCCUAGACCCUACCACCACCACCCCUUUGCUUUCCCUUUCCACGAUGGCCUCUGGUGGUCCGCUUGUUGGUGUCUCCCAGCCUAAGGUUCCACAGUUCUCAGCCUGGCCAAGCCCUUGGAUGGCCCACUGGAUCUGGCCUUUCCAGACGUUGCCCUGUGGACAUGCCUCGGCACCCUCUCUCCUCUGUGCAGGAGGUCCUGGGGUAACAAUGUGCAGACUGUGGUGUGCCUGCUUCAUGGAGCCCCCUGCACAGGGAGGCAGUGAGCCAGGGCUUGGCCACAGAAUCUGCAGGCUCAGAGCUCACUCCUCUUUUUUUUUUUUUUUUUAAUCUCCAGGGCCCCCAUUUCUUAGUGCCCAGGGCCUCAAGGUUUAGGGUAACCCCAUGCCUGCCAAGCAGUGGGGGUGCUGGCGGAGAGCGUUGGCUUGCUGUUUACGAGCCACUGGUGUCCUGGGUCUCUCCGCUGGACACCCCCGCACCUCCGAGUUACAGAUCGCCUUGUGCUGUCUGUCCUGCAUGGUUAGAUGCUUCCGUGUCUGCUGGCUGUCCUGUCCCUGGUGCCCUGUUUCCCUCGGAUGCCAGUGAGUCAUAAUGGCAUCGCAAUGGCCUGUGCUUAUUCUCAGCAAUAAUACCGAGGGCGUGGCCAUGAGUCCUUCUGUCCCGGUCCCUUGCCCUCUGCAUGGGUCUCCCGGAGAGGCAGCCGCUGAGGGGGUCAGUUUGCAAGAACCUGUGUUUAUGGAGCUCUGGGCUGUGCAGACGCCUUCUCAGGGGAUGCAGAGACACCCCCCCCCCCCCCAGGGGCUGCGGUAAGGCAGGAAGCUCACCUGCCACCCUGAGGCCACCCAGACCUGGAGGAGGGGCAGGUCCUGGCUCUGAGCCAGGGGGACUGUCUCCCAACUGCGGCAGCUCCUCGGCAGGACACACGACCGGUUUGUGCGCCCAUUGCCUGUUCUGUCUCCGUUAGCGUCUCUGUCUUCUCUUCACAUCCGUGCACAUGAAAUAUACUAGUGUUUGUGUCCCAGGA